AUGCCCUCAACCCCCAUCCUCCUCCUAAAAACAAGAUCAUCUCCCCACGAUGGCUACGAUGAUUUCCUCUCCGCACAAGGCUACAAUCCCUCCUUCAUCCCCGUCCUAGAACACCGCUUCAACACCAAGAACCUCGCUCAAGUGCGGGACCUCUUCGCCUCCGGCGCAUUCGAGCCCAAUGCCACCAAUAAAGAUGAAACCGAGAAGAAAUACGGCGGAAUGAUAUUCACCAGCCAGCGAGCUGUAGAAGGAUUCGCAAAAAUGAUCGAGCAAGAUGGUCGUGAGUUCCGCAUCAUUCCAACCAGAGCUUCACAGGAGGCUUCAAGGACAAACAACAUAUUAACCAAUAUCAAUCUAGUCCCCCAACCAUCAAACCCAAUCCCCCUCUACACAGUCGGUCCCGCAACAGCCCGCACCCUAACAACCCUCCGAGACAAAUACCUGCCCACGGCAACAAUCCACGGCGCAGAAUCCGGAACGGGCGAGAAUCUCGCCCACCUAAUGCUCCAACACUACAACAGCCUCCACCCGCGCACCAGCCAAGACCAAAGCCCUAAACCAGGCCUCUUGUUCCUAGUCGGUGAACAACGACGCGAUAUCAUUCCCAAAACGCUCAUGUCGGAGUCGUUACCGGUUGAAGAGCGGAUCGCUGUUGAUGAGAGAGUGGUGUAUGAAACUGGGGAGAUGGAGGGGUUUGAGAGGGAUUUUGAGAGGAGUGUAAGUGCUUGUGGAGACUGCUGGGUUGUUGUUUUUUCGCCUUCGGGGUGUGAGGCUAUGUUGAGGGUUUUGAAAUUGGGGCCGUUUGCUGGGGAUGAGGAUGGGGGUGGUGAGAGGAGGCUUUUUGUGGCUACUAUUGGGCCUACAACGAGAGAUUAUUUGAAGAAUAUGUUUGGGUUUGAGGCGGAUGUUUGUGCGGAGAAGCCUAGUCCUGAGGGAGUGGUGGAGGGGAUUCGGAGAUUUGUAGAUUUGCGUAAGAGUUUAUAG